AAGGGGGGGUUAAAAGGGAAAGAGAGAACAGAUCAUCAUCAAAUUGGGACAUGACUUCCUUCUCGGCGCUUCAAGGGGACUAGAGACUCGAUUAAAAAUCAGCCAUCUAGCAGCAACAACAGCUCGACAGGGGAUGAUGCAUGGGCCACACAAGGGAGAAGCGAGGUCUCACCUUUUGGUUCUCCAGUUAUUUCUAUCUUUAUUUUUCCAUUUCCUGCUUACGAGAUGUCAUUCAAUCAUCGCAUUCGUACCUAAACCCCUCCCCACCCGUCAUCGGAAACCAGGGGGGGGGGGGCGAACGAACGGAACCGAAACCCAUGGUACGUGCCCUUAAUUGCCAUUACGACCCGCCUUUUCCUUUUUUCCCUUUUUUCAUUCUUUCUCUUUUCUGCCCUCCCCCGGUACAAUAUGGGGAAAUUGCAAUCGCUGGCGGGACUCGACAGCAAGGAAUGCGGUACCGGUCCCCUGGUCAGCCCCUUGCAUGGAAAUUCUCAUGGAACGAUGAUGGAAAAAAGAAAAGAAAAGAAAAAAGCCCUCCACCGCCUCCUUCUAGGAUACCGUGUCCCUCGGUCUCCAUAUGCCAAUUUCCCGACUUCCCUUCAGCCGUCCCGUUCCCAUCCCUAUUCCAGCCCGUGUCAGCGAGGGCUGUUUGGCCGAUUUGGUUGGGGCGGAACCCAGAGACGGUCACGAUGUUGCUGCGAUUGCUGCUGGGCCCACUCCGAAUGUGAGCGAUCUCACAACAUCCAAACGGGGGGUGCAAACCUUUUUUUUUUUUUUUUUUCAUUCUUCCUUUUUUCUCUUCUUCUCUACGUUACGACCCUCAAUUUUAUGAAAGGGUGAUGGAUAAAAGUA